GUGCUGGCAUGGUAGUGUUGUGGCGGUGGUGGUGGUAGCAGUAUAGUGUUGGUGGCUCGGCUACUAGCUAACUGCUAGUGGCAGCAGUGGUGGUGGUUGUGUUGGUAGUGAGGGGAGAAGCAAGACGUGUUCACGUGUGUGUUUUUAGGAUCGGCCGACUGGGUGUAUCCGACCCAGCUCGCACAAGUUUUGCAGGCAAACACACUACUAACUUUCUUUUGUCUGCAAUCGUCUGGAUCAUAGUCCAUUACGCAGCGGGUGGUUGGCUGGCGCCUGGUGGUGCAGUGCUCGCCUCCGUCUCCGCCUUCUGCAGCAGCCGCCGUCUCCUGCUUCACCGUUCCCUCGCCGCCCUAACAAAUAAUCUUGCUUCGCGAAACAUAUUUCUUCCCCUCUCUUCACCCGUCGCUUUGGUAGGCAUGUAGACGCCUGUCUCCACAUAUAGACGGCAUCGCUCGAUUGUAAACAUCUGUCUCGACUUAUAGAUGUGACACCCCAGUCUUUUACACGCCCGUCUUUACUUAUACACAGGGCACUGCAGGCUGUUGCACGCCCAUCUCAGUUUAUAGAUGGGGUGCCACAGGCGACUGUUACUCGCCCCUCUCACCUUAUAGCUGAGGUACUGACUCCAGCCUCAUCACCUGUCAUUUUUUUUUCAAACGAGUCCCUAGUGCAAUGUAAGGAGCCCAACCUCUGUUACGGACUCACAGUCUCUGGUGUUGCGGCCACACUAAGUCCGAGUGCAAAACUCAAGCAACACAAAAACACUUGCGCUACUUCAAGACCUUAAGACUUGUGUUUACCCAGCUCUUGAGAAUGCACGGCAUAAAGCCAACAAAGAUUAAAGUAUAAAGAACGAAGCAAAGAGUGAGAACAAAAAGAGAAUUCAGGGUCCCCAGUUUGGGUUAUGUUAACGUGGAAAUCUGUUAUGUUAUGAUUUUGUGAAGACACGUGUUGAGAGGGGGAGUAGUAAUAGGUCCAGAGAGACAUGGGAGGGAAGGAAGGCGCCCAGGCAGGAGGGGGACCAUGUGUGUGUAAAAGGGACGAGGAGGACCCAGUAGGCGACGCGGAUAGGCGGGAUAGUCAAAACUCACAGCAAAUCUCUUCCUCUCUGCCUAGUCUACAGGAGAGCAGCGGGUCGCUGGAGGGUGAGGCCACACCUCCUGCCGUCCAGGAUAAGCCUAAGGCCAGAGUGGAGGGACGACGAGGCCGCAACUGGUGGGAGUGGAAGGCGGCGGAGCAGCGGAAGAUGCAGAGCGGUGACGAAGGUGACGACGAGCUGACCAGUCUGGAGAGCGAGACCUUAAAGAGACGUGCCCCUCUCCCCAAGAUUCGCGAGAAUCUGCCUGAACCUGACGGUGGGUGUGACUCUGGGUACGGAAAAGGGGGGUCAGGAGGUGGUUGGGUGUUGGGUGGUGAGGGGGCGGAGAUGGGGGGCGCGAGGGGGCCGAGCAGCGGUGGUGGCGGCAGUCCUGGGGUGCGCGUCAAGUGCGCCGCACAGCCACCACUCCUGCACCAGCCUCGCCACCAGCCGCUACUCCUCCAGCACCACCACUUCCUGCCCCACCACCAGCAGCCCCAUACGCGUGGCGGGGCUCCUGGCCCGCUUGCAAGUCAGUCCGCUGUAGGGAGCGGCGCUCCCCGCUACACUACCUCUCACGCGCCGCCCACACCCGCGCAACCCAACGACCAGCCCAAGAAGGUCACCAUCACAUCCUUCAAUCAACCUAAACUCACGUUGGUUGUUCCCCCUAAAUCCGAACCUCCAACACCCUCACCCGACAAGAAGCAACCUCCUCUCACCGCGGAGAAGACGACUCCCGUACACGACACAAAAGCAUCAUCUGCGAAGACACCUUCCAAGUUGUUCUCUCCACCAGAGAAACAUCUGCCAUCGUACCCUGAUAAAGACUCCCCACUUUCCCUAGAGAGCCCGCCACCUUCAGCGCCGCCAAAGGACUUGGUGUAUGCUGAUGCUCGUAACAGGAAGGCGGUGAGAGGUCAGCAUCAUCAUAAGUACUCCAGUCGUAAACAAGAGAAACCUUUAGAGAGAGCGCAGGAUCUACCUGAGGAGGUCCCCGCUGCUGCCAAGUCCCAGCCUGGCGUCACUUCCAGUGCAGUGUCAAAGGAAGAGCCCAGGGACAAAUCUUGUGAGGCCAGCCACGCAGAAGCAAAGGCACAACCGAGUGAUCCAGUGAAACAGAAGGGCGGUGCUGGUGUCAGUGAAAAGGACACACACACACUCGCGGUAUGGAGGCCACAGCCAGGCGGAGGGGCCAAGUAUGGUCCACCGGAAGAUAAAAAGCGCGCGUCGGAGAGGGGCAGCGGGUCCCUAGUGUGGGUGAACCUGCCUGGUGGAGGCUCCAAGCUGGAGUGGAUGCCCACCCCCGCCCUCGUCACUAUAAAGUCCACGCCGGCGCUGCCCAACCGCGACCGCCCCUACCAACCACCUCACAAACACAAUGAUAGUGCGGUGGGGGCGGCGCCUGCCACGGACGCCAGGGGGAGGGGAAGCAAGGGAGGGGGAGGAGCCCAACCCGCCUCGGGGGAGCGCGUGACGCGUGCGAUCAGUGCUGUGCCACGUGCAAGUGACGUCGGUGUUACUGCAGGAGUUCACGAGUCUCCUGGGCGAGGCACUCCCGGCACGCGUGUGCAGGGAGUGCUGAAGCAGCCCUCGGGCUCACCCUCUAGUCACAGUGCCCAGCCAAAAAACGGGGUUGCUUCUGCCCCGGGCGCGACUCAUAGGUCCGAGGGCAGAGGCACUACCGACUCCGAGGAAGGCACAGUGUUGACAGUGGCAGGGCGGAGCAGCGGGCAGGUAGUACGGAUUAGAGUGCGACCGGAAGUGCACGCCUACUUAACAGGACUACCAACCACGUACAUCGCGGCCAACAUUCACGCCGCCACCGCCUCCGGCCGCCGUGACAGCCACCAAGACAGCCAGAGCAGCUCUGGCUCUGCUCUCACUGGUGGAUCGGACGGCGGUGGCGAGGGUUCAACAGGUUACCACGAGCACGACUAUGAGGAAGUGGUGGACGAGUACACGCUGUUACGCCGAGCUGUCGACGACCACGACCCUGAGGCCAUGCAGCUGCUGGCCGCCGCAGAGGCUGCCAUCAACCCAGACAUCCCCGCCCGUCCUCACGACCCAGAGGGCGGUGGAGGGAGCGAGUACCCGUACCUGAGAGAGAUGAAGGAGAGGUUGCUGUUAUCACGAGACCCUCCCCUGGCCAGCAUGGACGAGUCCUCUCCACAUGACGCUACUGACAACCAGAUGCUUGAAGUACAUCAGACUCCCGUCGGUACCGUGGUCAAGUUGAACGCAGACGGGUACGGGUCACAUACGUCACCAACACACCGUGUGGAGAGUUACUACACUGGUACUCUCGAGUCUCGUCGAGGACUGCUCGAGUACUACCCCAAGAACGCCAAGACGUCGACGUUCAUCACGCUCUCCCUGCUGUACGCCACGCUGCUGGUGGUCGUGUGUCUGGGCUUCGUGCUCUCCGAGGUCCUCACCCACAAUGUUCCUCUCUACUACUACGAGGCUUUCUUCACGUACCUGUAUGGGCUGAGCAUACUGUUCCUGCUGUACGUGUUCUGUUAUCUGCUCUCAGACUCAGCUCGUGACAGGAAGCCUCAAAAACCUCAGGUCUUUAUGGGUCACCACUCUGGCCAGUACAAUGUGUCCGAGUAUGAAUAUUACGCAUACAAUGAGGGGGUGCUACAGAAGGUGCGGCAACCAGAAGGCAUUCCCGAUGGUUCGCCCACUCAGGAGAAGCUGACAUCAUCUUCCUGCAGCAAGCCACGCAAGCAUAAGACCUCUGACAACGAACACAGUCAUGGAUCAUUUUUCCUCAGGAUCGGUGCUAUUGCAUUUGGACUGGGUACAAUGAUCUACAAUGGAUUAGAGUUUGGUGUAUUUUUUGAGAUCCCCAUCACAUCCCCAUGUUACCAGAUCCUACGUGGUGUCAACCCUCUGCUACAACUGGUUUUCACAUUCAUGCAGAUGUAUUUCAUCUUUAUGAAUGCCAGGCUAAAUAUCCACAAGUUCAAAUUCCUUGCCCGGUUUGGCUUGAUGCACAUUGUGGCCACAAACCUGUGUGUGUGGGUGCGAACCCUAGUACGGGAGAGUCUGAAGGAAAUCAACGAAUUCAGGGUAGCACAGGGACACAAGGGAGAAGACUACAUGAUCCUUGAGGGUAUUCGGCGUGCACUGGAAAAUCGUGGCCUCAUGGCCCCCAACAAGUACCUCUAUAAUCUGGACGAUUUCGUUGAAAUGCAGGAAAUCAAUGAAACCAUGCAGCAGGCAAGUGGCUGGGCAAAUGAAGAGGACAUUGUCAACCGUACUUGUGAACGAGUGGAGAUAAUGGGUUCCAUUGUAUCAGACUCGGCUCCAUACCUGUACCCCUUCAUUGUCGAGUACUCUCUCAUCGGUGCUGCAGUGCUCUAUAUAAUGUGGAAGCAUAUUGGUCGGAAUCCUAGGAAGGAUUUACCACUGAAAGAGUCAUACCAACAAGAAAGGUUUGUGUAUGACCCAGAAGUGCCAGGAGACGGCAUGUCAGUAGUGUCUAGACGCUGCCAUUCCCGUGUGGACUGUGUGGGUGCCAGCAAGGGGCUCUUCUGCGGACUUCUUGUCCUGGUAGCUUCAUUGAUCUGUCUCAUCCUUUUCUUCGUGCUAGUCAACCGAGAAGAGCUCAAAAUGCUGGCUAUAUACCUGGCUGACUGCUCUCACUGUGGGAUCAUGUUCUUCAGUAUAAUUGCCAUGUUCAUUGGUUUUGUCAGGGUUCGUCAACUCAAAUUCCAUGGAGAACGAGAAGAAGAAUUGGAUGACAUUCUUCUUAUGGUGUCUGCAUUUGGCCUCUUUGCAUAUGCUGUUUUCUCGACAGUUGCUGGGUCUCUCUCUGCCUAUACUAAGGAGCCAAAUUUGCUUGUCAUGGUUACUGGAAUACUUUCUGUACUUCAGGUGAUAAUUCAGAUGGUAUUCAUAAAGGACACUCAGCGUCGUCAGGUUUCCCUGCCAGAACACGAACGGACUAAACCUGGCCGUCAGGUUGUUACGUUCCUGCUUAUCUGUAACCUAACGAUGUGGGUCAUCUACACCUUUGAAACUCAGAAAGUGGAAGCAAAUCCAGUUCAGUUGGAGUUCUUUGGUGACCUCCCUUGGACAAUUCUGCUGAGAUGCACACUACCACUGGCUAUCUUCCAUCGCUUCCAUUCCACUGUGGUCUUGGCUGCCAUCUGGAAGAAUUCAUACAAGACCCGUAUUGAAUGAGGUUUACCGGGUAGGCCGCCGCCCACCACGACGGUCCACAGCAUCAGUAGUUGCUUUAUCCAUACCAACGGAGUGGCCCGAGGGGUCCCUGACAACUCACCCCCAGAAAUGGAACCUAUGCUUCACACACCUACUAGUCCCCCACCAGCCCUUGAUCAACGCUCUGAACACAAAGUUUCACUCUUCAGUAUCAUAUAAACAGUAUUGUUUCUGUUUUUAUGGUCGAGUAAGAUGUUAUUUAGAGUGUUUUCUCUAAACAUAUUACCGUGAAAUUAUUCAAAACAGGGUUUGCAUAUACAGCAUAUUCUCAAGUUGUUCCACAUCAAAAUGUGCCAUUUUCAAUGGAAAAUCACAAAAGUACAAGCAGCAAUGAUGCUAUGGACAGUGUUAUUUCUAAAUAUUGUAUUAAAUGUUUCUAAUGAGCAGUUUCCUGCAUUUCAAUGAAGGAAAUUUAAAUGUUUUUCAUGUGAAGAUUGCUAUAUUGGAUUUCCAGUACUUUGUUAUUCAAAUCAGUAUUUCCAGUGUAACUGCGUGUGAAGGCUAUCAGACUCUGUGUUGUAAGUUAUGCCUCAAAGCUGUAAAUACUGUAGAUGCUUACCCAAGCUUUAAGUCUGGCAAAUGCUUUUUGUUAUCUGCAGUAAUAGUGUACUAUAGGCUAAGUCGCAUGGAGAACUCGCCUACCCUUUGCUCGUGGGUCCUGAUCAGGUUUUUUUUCCACUAUUGCAAAUUAUAUGCUGUUCAAAUUAAUCCUGUGCAUGAAAUUACAUUUUUCUUGCUUUUAGAGUAAAACUGCAAUGAAUUUGUUGAGAACAGGCAAAAAAAAUCAGCUGGUCGAGAUCCACCAAAUACAUGUGUUCAGAAUGAGUCUCCGGCAGCUACGAAAAGUCACGAGAUGUUCCCCUCCCCCCUUUCCCCCCCCCACUUCCAAUUUGUAUAUAUAAGGCUCACUCCAUGAUGUGUUUAUCCAGCAGCACUUCUGAUUAUGUUUGUUAGACUUAGACCUCCUCUUGCUGUAGGAAUGUGUUUGUAUAACACAGUGGCUGCUUUUUGUAAAUACCAUAUGGCUGUCUUGCUGUGUUUGACCCAACUCGGUAUUUCUCCAUAGUACAUGACUGUAUUUGUGCAAGGUGAAAAGUAUUUCAUUUGUGUCCAUUUUAUAUUGUGAGUGGAGAUUGUGUAGUGUGAUUAAUUUCACACAGUAACAGAUGACACUGCUCAAGUACCUACCACAAGACUUCUUGAGAAGCAGAAAGUACUGGAGCAAGUUCAUCCGAUACAUCUUAUUCAGAACAAUUUGUAUGAAAUGUGUGUUCAUUGUACCUGUCCCAUAUUAGGCAAGAGCUACUGAGAACUAAAAUUUUAUUGGAACUUAUGUUUAUUAAAAAGAAUCAAGGCUAUGAAGACAAUAAUGCAUGCAAGCCUUAUUUUCUAUAGACUAAUUGACCAAAGUACAGAAUCUAUUUUUUUCUCUUUUUGUUUCUCUGUAGCUAGUAGCUUAAAUGAAUCUCUUGACGAAUAAGUGAGUAUUGACCAUAUAAGAUAAAACUUGUGUACAAUCUGUGCAUCUCACAUUUUGGGGUUUGGAAACACGACAAUAAGUAGGAUGACCUUUAGCAAAGUUUUACAUGGAUUUUGCAUUUUUUGAAUAUGCGUAAUUUUGUAUUUACGAGCAAGUCACAAACCGGACUGUUCUCGUUUUGCAAGACUUGUAGCCAUGACUAGUAGCUCUUCUGUGCGUGGCAAGCCUCUGUGAACUUCAUCUGGAGCAAGUCUUCAUGCCGUGUUAUACAAGAAGUCUGGCCUGGAGAUCACUGCUGUGUGUCCAGUUCAUCAGCAGUAUUUGUUUUGCUUAACUCUCAGCAAAUUUACACUGCCAUAUUCUUCUGCAUCAAAUUUCCUGGUUGUAAUAAGUAACCCAGGAGGACCAUUUUUUUUUUUUCCCCCCCGCUCCCCCACCAGGUUAAUGGAUGCUCGGAAUUCUUAUGAAGUGAUGAAUUGUCUAGAGACACAGUGGACAGGCCAUCUACUAUGUUUACUGCAUUAAAUAUAAAUGUUCGUACCAUAAA